AUGUUUCUUAUUAUUAUUAUUAUUUUUAAUUUACCUUUAUUUAUUUUUGCUCAUAUUGGUUAUUCAAGUCAAAGUUAUUGUUUAGAUGAUAUAUCAACUGGUAAACUUAAUUUAAUAUGUCGUGAUAAUGAAUUAAUAAAAUUAGGUCGUAUAAUAUAUGGUUAUUCAUGGUCAAAUGAUUGUUCAUAUAUAGAUAAAGAUUGUACAAUGGAUGUACCACGUGAAGAUAUUAUUUGUUUAACUAAUUCAAAUUGUACAGUUCGUGUUGUUGAACAUCCAUUAAUAUUACAAGAUUGUUGGAAUUUAGCUGCAUCUUAUGUUCAAGCUGAAUAUGAAUGUGUUCAAGAUUAUUCAUUAAAAAAUAUAUGUCAAAAUCAAGAUAUAAUAUUAUCACAUGGUUUUGUAUCAACACCUAAUUAUCCUCAUGGAUUUCAAUCAAAUCUAAAUUGUUUAUGUACAUUAAUUCCAUCAGGAAAUAAUUCAAUUGUACUUGAAAUAAUUUAUUUUAAUUUACCUAUUUGUACUGAAGCUGCACUUGUUUUAUGGAUAGGACAAGAUUUACAUACAAAAUGUCUUCAACAAGAUCCAAUUACAUUUAUUAGUAAUAUUCAACAAAAUAUAACAUUUAGAUUUUAUACAUUAAAAAAUAAUAAAUAUGGUGGAUUUUUAAUGAAAUAUUCAAUUUUACCUGAAACAAAUAAUGCAACUGUUAGAUUACAAUGUUAUUUAUCAUCAUCAUUAAUAAUUCGAUCAACAAUAUCAAAUAGUUAUUCAACAUUAAAAUAUUCUUUAAAUAAUAAAAAUUCUUAUGAAUAUGAAUAUGAAAAAGAUUUAUCAGUUAUUCAUACAAAUGAUUAUAUCAAACGAAAUCGACCUGUUCAAUCAAUAAUUGAACCUUAUACUGAUAUAAUACCUAUGUAUAAACAAGAUGGAUUACAAAUAAUAAAUCAAUCAACAUAUAAACAUUAUAUAUUACCAAAUUCUAAUCCAAUAUCUCGUUCAAAUCUUAAUUUAAUAAUUAUAUUUAUUGUAUCAAUUAUUGUUUUUCUGAUAGUAAUUAAUGUUCUUGUUUGGUUAAUGUGUUCUUUAAGAUUAAAAAGUUCUCGAUCAACAUCAUCUGUUCAAAAUUUGUAUAAUAAUAAUAAAAUGAAUAUAAAUACUAAUGAAGGAAAACGUUCAAUACAUAAACAAUUUUCUCAAAGAUCAAAUCGUUUAAAAAGUCUUCAUUCAUUAUUAUAUGUUGAUCAUAAAGCUGUUGAUAUUAAUCCAAUAAAAACAAAUAUUAAUCGUGAUCUUGAUUCAUCAUUAUCUCAAUAUAAUAUUAAUUCAAAUUCAUCUUCAACAAAUCUUAAUCAACAUUUUAUUUUUAAAUCAAAAUCAACUGAAACACUUCAACAACCAAGACAAAUUAAUUCAUGGGAUGAUAUUUAA